ACUUUUCCUCAUACAAAUGUUUCGUCCUUUUCUGUUCUCUUUGGCAAGGCAAAAUAGAACAGUCCUUUUUCCCGCUCUAGUGUCGUUACAGCGCGCGCCAAGAUUUCACGCCCACGCUUAUCCUGAAGGCGCCCUUGCUCUGAGUUGAGGCCGCAAUUUGCUCGCCAUUAAUGGCGAGGAGAAAGCUUCUUGCGUGUUCUAGCUCCUCUGUCUUCACGAAUGGUCUUAAAUUGGAGGGAAUCUUAAACGAAUUGGCUCCAUUUUCAUAUAGAUCAUCUCAAGUAUGGGCAAGAAAAGUGGAGAAGUUAUGGCCAGAGAUUGGCGGAAAUUGUCGAAGAUUUAACAGCCAAGUAUUGUUACAUGAAAAGGCAUUGAACUAUAACGAGCCUGAAACCGAUUUGUAUGCUCCUGUUUUGAAAGAUGAGAUUGCAAAACUGAGAAUGGAGUUUGAGGCGGCUAAAAGAAGUUUUCUCAAUAUCCCCGAGGCUCUCAAAUCAAUGCCAAAAAUGAACCCUAAAGGUAUUUACGUCAAUAAAAACCUAAGGUUGGAUAAUAUACAAGUGUAUGGUUUCGACUAUGACUAUACACUGGCUCAUUACUCUGACAAUUUGCAGAGUUUAAUUUACGACCUAGCAAAAGAGCACAUGGUCAAUGAGUUCAAGUAUCCUGAGAGUUGCUUGCAGUUCAAGUAUGAUCCCACUUUUCCAAUACGAGGGUUGUAUUAUGACAGAAUAAAAGGUUGCCUUUUGAAAAUGGAUUUUUUCCAGUCUAUUGAGCCGGAUGGAUGCUUCUAUGGACGCCGUCAGCUUAGCCGGGAGGAAAUUAAGGAGAUGUAUGGUACGCGACAUAUUGGUCGAGAUCAGGCACGUGGUCUGGUUGGUCUGAUGGAUCUUUUCUGUUUUAGUGAGGCAUGCCUUAUUGCGACUAUUGUGCAGCAUUUUGUGGAUGCUAAGUUGGACUUUGAUGCUUCCUACAUUUAUAAUGAUGUCAAUCGUGCCAUUCAGCAUGUCCAUCAAAGUGGCUUGGUUCAUAAGAGAAUCCUAUCCAAUCCACAUAGAUAUCUAAUGAAAAAUGGACAAAUAUUCCGCUUCUUGAAAAUGCUGAAGGAGAAGGAAAAGAAACUUUUCUUGCUGACCAAUUCCCCUUACUACUUUGUGGAUGGAGGGAUGCAGUUUAUGUUGCAGGAAUUUGGUGAAAAUGGAGAUUCUUGGAGAGAGCUUUUUGAUGUUGUGAUCGUACAAGCCAAUAAGCCAAACUUCUAUACUUCUGAGCAUCCAUUCCGUUGUUAUGACGUCGAGAAGGACAAAUUAGCAUUUUCAAAGGUUGAUUCUUUUCAUCCUGACCAAAUUUACUAUCAUGGAUGCCUUAAAUAUUUCUUGCAGAUUACUAAGUGGAAUGGCCCAGAGGUGAUAUAUUUUGGUGAUCAUUUGUUUAGUGACUUGAGAUGGCCAUCAAAAGCUGGUUGGCGUACAGCAGCUAUAAUACAUGAGCUUGAAAAUGAAAUACAGAUUCAGAACGAAGAUAGUUACCGAUUUCAACAGGCCAAGUUUCACAUAAUACAAGAACUACUUGGAAAACUUCAUUCUUCUCUUGCAAAUGAUGCAAAGUGUGAGGCCUAUGAUACACUUCUGGAUGAGCUAAAUGAGGAAAGGCGAAAGGCUCGAUAUGCAAUGAAGGCGAUGUUCAAUCCUUUCUUUGGUGCGACGUUCCUCACAGAUACUGGCCAAGAGUCGGCUUUUGCAUACAACAUCCAUCAAUAUGCAGAUGUAUACACUAGCAAGCCGGAUAACUUCUUGCUCUACCCUCCUGAAGCAUGGCUUCACACUCCAUUUGACAUCAAAAUUAUGCCUCAUCAUGUUAAGGUUCCAUCAAGCUUAUUCAAGGCUGGGCAGUGAUGAAUGCCGUUAUUUACCUGCCAACUUGGAGGAAGUUUUCUCCAUUUUCCUUCGGUGGCAGUGCUUGAUGAACCAAUUUUUUUUUUUUUUACAAUGUUAGAAACUUUUAUUGAAAUUGUGCUAUAACAGCAUCUAAUUACACAGCGGAAAUAAGAGCUUCAUCAGAGAAAGAUAGAGAGGGUAAAGACGCCAUAUUUGGCAAGGCUAUCUGCUUCCUCAUUUGUCUCCUGGUAAGCAUGGGAGAAGGAGAAAAGAAGACCAGGUGUAAAGCAAAGGUGUAUGAUUUUCAGUCCCAAGACAUCCAGUGACCAAAGAAUUCUUUGCUCUUGCUUAUACCAUUUGAUAACAUUGAGUGAUAACAUUGAGUGAAUCUCUUUGCAAGAGAGGAAAUUUCAGCCAUGUUGGCUGUGGUGUUGCUGCAAGGAAAAAGAUAACAGAACCCUCAUGAACCAA